CUAACACCGGUUCAAAAGGAACAUGGCGGCCACUGUUAAUUUUUAACAUAAUUUUAAUAAGAUUUUGUAGAUUUACAGCUAUACUUUAUACCAGUUUUAUAGAUCUGAGAUGCCAGGCAAGAGAAAGCGAGGAACUGAGAAAGGGGAGGAUGGUGAAAGGUCACCAACCCCAACAUCCUCGGGCCCGAAAAAGAAGAAAAAAGAACUUCAGUAUGACCCGAUAUUUCAGCAAUGCACUUCUGAUGCUGACUUUGACCAGCCAUCCACCUCCCACUGUGAAGAUGUGGAUAUUACUGAGAUUAUUCAAGAACUGUUUAAGACAAUCCGAAACUACACAUCUGAAGAUGGGAAGUUGCUGUGUGAAUCGUUUAUCAGGGUGCCAAAACGCAGGACGAACCCAGACUACUACGAGGUGGUUAAUCAGCCUAUGGACAUGAUCAAGAUCCAGCAGAAAAUGAAGAUGGAUGAGUAUGAGGAGAUAGAGCAGCUCACUGCUGACGUGGAGCUCAUGGUCAACAAUGCAAGGGCUUACUACAAGAAGGGAUCCCAGGAGUACAUAGAUGCUACAGACCUGUUGGAUCUGUACUACGAGAUCCGGGACGAACUCCUGGUGGAGACGCUUGGUGACGGAGGUGAUCUUGCUGACCCUGAAGAGGAUGAGGAGGGAGAGGACAAUAUUGACAUUGAGCAAUUUUCUUCAAAGAUUGCGUCGAUAGUGCAGCAGGAGAGUGCUAAACUGAAGGGCUUGCAGCCUGAGGCAGAUGAGGACAGUGGUUAUGACCCCGACGACUUUGAGCAGCUGUUUGCCACUCUCGUUAAUGCUCAGGAUGGGGAGAGAACCAUCAGCGAGCCUUUUCAUCUACUGCCAUACAAAACUCUGUACCCAAACUACUAUGAUGUAAUUGAACAGCCGAUAGAUCUCAAGAUGAUCGCCAAAAAGGUUCAGGACAAUGAGUAUCGCACCCCAGAUGAUAUAGACAGAGAUGUCACCCUUAUGGUUUCAAAUGCUAAGACAUUUAAUGAACCAAAGUCUCUAAUCUACAAGGAUGCCCUGACACUUAAGAAAGUGUUUGACACGAAGAAGAGGGAAAUUGAGCACAGGAAGUCUAACGCCAAAUCCAGCGAGCGCCUAAGAACACGUGGGUCAACCUCUGCACAAAAACUGUCAGCACAGUUUGCUGCCCUUGAGUACCCGGAGCCGAUUGAUCCCACAGACAUUAUGGAGUACGAGGAGGAUUCUGGGACGGAAACUGUCAUGUCCGAGGAAGAGAAUCCCAUGUGGCAUUUGUUUAAUGCUGUGAAAAACUACACUACAGCUGAUGGGCUGAAAAUUAUUGAUCCAUUCUGCAAACUGCCCAGUAAAAGGUAUUACCCAGAUUACUAUGAGGAAAUCAAGAAGCCUAUUUCCGUCAACAAUGUUCAAAAGAAAAUCAAAUCUGGUUACUAUAAUAGCCUGGACCAGCUAUAUACAGAGCUUAACCUGGUGUUUGAAAAUGCCAAGCAGUACAAUGCCGAUGAGUCAAUCAUCUUUAAGAAUGCCUGUCUCCUACAAAGGGCUAUGAGAGAAAAGAAAAAGGAGCUUGAUAAAUUUGGAUAUAAGGAAAUGUCAAUCCCGGAACUUGGAAUCCAUUUUGAGUUUCCAAUGUUGAAGAGCUAUGAUGAAGACCACUCAGUUAAGAAAAAAAAGAGCACCACUCCUGUCGAAGUGGAAAAGAAACGAGGGCCACCAAAAAAGGUGUUCGAUCUUGAUGAGCUGCUGCGGAAACGACUCUGGUCUCUCUUUAAAUCUGUGUAUGACUAUGCUGAUGGUCAAGGUCGUCUUUUACGCCAGAUCUUCAUGUAUCUUCCCUCGAAGAAGGAUUACCCAGACUACUACAAGGUGAUUACAGAUCCAAUCGACCUGAGUAUCAUCGAGUCCAAGAUAAAAAACAACAAGUACCCAUCGGAGUACAACCUGAUGUCAGACAUGGACUUGAUGUUCAAGAAUGCACGACAUUACAAUGAGGAGGGCUCGCAAGUCUACUCUGACGCCCAAACCCUCGAGAAAGCCCUGAAAGCAAAGUGGAGAAUUAUAAACCAGGCCGCUGGCACGCCCAAGGGAAGCAAGUCGAAAAUGCGUAAAGGCCCAGCCCCGACCAGUUUGGUAGCCAGACUACAGGACCUAUAUGAAUCUAUACGGGAUUACCAGGAUGUGCGCGGAAGAACCCUUUCCAGCCCCUUUAUGAAGGUCCCAGCCAAGACUGACUAUCCUGACUACUAUGAGGUGAUUAAGAAGCCGAUGGAUAUGUCCACCAUCUCUCAGAAAAUGAUUCAGAAGAAAUAUGAAACCAUUGAAGAUAUGGUCGCUGACUUUGUACAGAUGUUUGAUAAUGCCUGCAAAUACAAUGAGCCAGACUCACUCAUUUACAAGGAUGCCCUGACACUACAGCGAGUUUGCCUUGAGAAGAAGGUGGAGCUAAGUGAUGAGUUCUCUAACGAGGUGCCAGAUGUGCGCGCGGCCUUACAGGAGAUGAUGACGAAUCUUUUCAUCACAACGUACAAUAGCCAGGAUGAGGAGGGCCGAUGUUACUCUGACUCUUUCUCUGAACUCCCGGAACGAGACCCGGGAACAGACCCAAACUCUGAGAAACCUCUGACCUUUGACAAGAUUAAAAGAAACCUGGACAGAGGCCGCUACAGGCGUUUGGACCGGUUCCAGGAAGAUAUGUUUAAGGUGUUUGAGAGGGCGCGAGCACACAGCAGGUCUGACUCACAGCUUUAUGAGGAUGCGGUUGAGAUGCAGCUUUUUUUCAUCAAACAACGCGACGAGAUCUGUAAAAAUGGGGAAGUUCUUCUGACACCGGCUCUCAGCUACACAGAGAAAAAUCUCAAUACAGUUGUUGAGUCUGAGAAGUAUGCUAAAAGUGUAGCUGAGCAGCAUGAAGAUGCCAAUAAACCAGCAGAGCCGGAUAACAAGCCUGAUGUAUCUGAGGCCCAGGGUGAGGAUGAGAACAGUAUAAAGUUGAAGGACCAGACAUACCAAGUCGGAGACUUUGUCUACAUAGAAUCCAGGGACUCAGAUGUUGAACCACACAUCAUGUGUAUCGAGAAAAUCUACACAGAUAACACAAACCAGAAACAAAUCUAUGGAAACUGGUUCAACCGCCCCAACGAGACGUUUCACCUCGCGACUCGCAAGUUUCUACAGAAGGAGUUGUUGAAGAGUGACGUAUACGCCAGUCAGGACCCGAACCAGAUAAUCGGCAAGUGUUUUGUCAUGCCAGUGCGAGAGUACUUCAAAUUGAAACCAGAGGGAUUCGCCGACAAUGACGUUUAUGUUUGUGAGUUCCGGUACACAGCUCGGACAAGAAGCUUCAAGAAAAUAAAGAUGUGGUCAGUCCCUCGUAAUGAAGAAGUUGCCCUCGUGGAACGGGAGAUUCCUCUUCAGUCAAUACGGGUGGCAAGCGUAUUUGCUGACCGUGACAAGGAUGAGAUAGAUGAUGGAGAUACCAGCGUCAUUGAGAAAGAGAGACAUGAGGUAAUGAUGGGCAAUGGGACUCCAAAUGAAGAAGGCAAUACCAUGUAUGAACAACUGGGAACAUAUUCUGGCAUGUACAAAGUUGGUGACUGUGUGUAUGUCAAGUCAGACCAGAUUGAUAAGCCGACCAUCUACCGCAUUGACAAAAUGUGGAUGGACCAAACUGGUGAUCGCCAGUUUUAUGGGCCGCUCUUCAUCCGUCCAUGCGAUAUUGAGCACCCACCCACACGCCUCUUCUUCAAGAACGAGAUGUUUAUUUGUGGGCUUGAAGAGAAAAGAAGAAUGGCUGAUAUUACCGGGCGCUGUGUGGUGCUGGGUGUUAAGGAUUAUUGUAGUUGUCGGCCGACAGAAAUUCCCGAACAUGAUGUGUACAUUUGUGAGUCCAAGUACCAUGAGGCGGAGAAAAAUGUCCGUAAGCUUGCAAAGGGACUGAAGAAGCACAGCCUGUCUCCUCGUGUUACAGAUGAUGAAGUUCUCUUCUUUAGGAAACACAUCAUACCUGCCAAGGAACCAUCCCCGUUGCUAGUGAAGGCGAGUGAGGACAGUAUGAUGUACGAUGGGGAGGAGUCACGUGACACAUUCUGUACCGAUGUAAUGCCAGAUGUCAUCAAUACCUCUAUGGACAGCUUUUCUCUCUCCUCGCACCAAGAAAUCAGCACACCUAAGCCCCCCACUAAAAAGGCUGGAGACACAGACACCCAGAAGAAAAAGGCUGGAGACACAGACACCCAGAAGAAAAAGGGAAAAACUCAAAUACCAGGUGUAAAAAGGACACAAAUCAGUGGUUAUAUUGUAUAUUCUGGAGAAUUCCGUAAAAUUGUCCAGCAAGAAAAUCCCGAAUGUAACUUUGGUGACAUAAGCCGACUAGUUGGCACCAAGUGGAGAAAUCUUGAAAAGGAGGAAAAAGAACGCUACGAAGAUAAAGCAAGAAAGAUUGCCGAAGAGCAACAAGCUAAACAAGAGGCUGCAGAGAAAGCUUUCAAUGAGAGCCUGGCCAAACAACAGCAGCAGCAGCAACAACAACAGCAGCAGCAGCAGCCAUGGACUGAACAGCAGCCUGGUACCCCUGGCCAGCCUCCAAGGCCCAGCACUCCAGCACAGCAAGGCUACCCAGGCUAUCCCCCUGGCUACAAUGGCACCCCCCAGGGCUAUGGUGUCCCAUACGGAGGGUACGGCCCCUCCCCGGGGCAAUAUGCCCCCUCACCAGGGGGCCAGUUUACUCCUAUGGCCCCACAUCACCCAGGUAUGCUAAAUGGCCAGUUCAUGUCCCCGGGUGUCCAGCGUCCUCUGAUGGUGAACGGACAGCCAGCCCGACCCCCUCACAUGGGUGGGGCCCAGUUCCAGAGCCCUGGUGGGCCUAUGAGGCAGCCUCAUCCUGGUAUGACUCCUAUCUCGUAUGGACAAACUCCACUCCACCCUGGGGCAACAAUGCCCCACCAAGGGCCCCAGCUGGGCUCCACCCCCUCAGGCUUGCAUGCCUCCCUUGUAUCUUCCAUACACCCAGCUGUGUAUGUAGGUCAACAGCAGAUGGCUCCACCCCCACCCCCUCCACGACCCCCCUCACCGAUGUUUGUGACCGUGCCACCACGUACACAGAGGCUCCUUCACUCAGAGGCCUACCUCAAGUACAUUGAAGGGCUUAAUUCUGAAAGUAGAACAAUCAGCGACUGGGAACGUACAUUUACAGCAACGCCUGAGAACACACAGACACCGGAUGAGGCUCGUCUCCCUGGGAGCUGGCUCGCACAAGGGGCUGGUAACCAUGGCAGUGUCACUGAUGCUCUCUGGGCCCUGCGAGAUCUUAUGUUGAAAGACGCACUCAGCAUACAGCGUACACUGCCGUUCGAAGCAUUAUAAUGGUCAAGUUUUCUUCACAAAGUGCACCUGGCAUCUUCAUGUACAUCAAUCUCCACAUUAAAUGAGAGAUGCUCCACUCAUAUAAGCAUUCAGAUGUCCUCAUUCAUGGACAUUCAAGUAUUGGCAUUAAUAAAGAGUUGUUCAUUAUGUACCUUAAAGGUUUGACAUUUAUGAACCUUGAAGCUUUGUCAUUUAUGUACAUUCAAGCUUUGUCAUUUAUGUACAUUAAAGCUUUGUCAUUUAUGUACAUUCAAGCUUUGUCAUUUAUGUACAUUAAAACUUUGUCAUUUAUGUACAUUCAAGCUUUGUCAUUUAUGUACAUUAAAGCUUUGUCAUUUAAGUACAUUAAAGCUUUGUCAUUUAAAUACAUUAAAGCUUUGUCAUUUAUGUAAAUUAAAGCUAAGUCAUUUAUGUCUAUUAAAGCUUUGGCAUUUAUAUACAUUCAAGUGUUGUCAUUUAUGUAAAUUAAAGCUUAGUCAUUUAUGUACAUUAAAGCUUUGUCAUUUAUGAACCUUGAAGCUUUGUCAUUUAUGUACAUUAAAGCUUUGUCAUUUAUGUACAUUAAAGCUUUGUCAUUUAUGAACCUUCAAGCUUUUUUCAUUGAUGUACUUGCAAGCUUUUUCAAUUAUAUACAUUCAAGUUUUGUCAUUUAUGAACCUUCAAGCUCUGUCAUUUAUAUACAUUCAAGCUUUGUAAUUUAUGUUCUUCAAACUUUGUCAUUAUUUUUACUUCAUACUACAGAUAUGGCAUUUUAUUGCACAGAACACUUCAGAAAGUGUGUUUUGAGAUUUUCUCAUUUUAUUCAUUGUACAAGGGCCAUUCAAAAAUGUGUAGACACUGUACAUAAAACAUUUAAAAGAGGUAAUAAUUAUAUUUAUAAAUAACACAAAGUUCAUCGGAAUCUUUUGCUUUUAAUUGGCAAAGCAUGUUGAUUUUCUUGAUGUUGUUAUAUUUUCGAGGAGGAAAGGUAGAGCAGGAUGCGAUAACUCAAUAACGUCAUGUGAUGUUAUUUUUAUGUGUGCUAACCAUUACACCAAGUGUAAAGUUCCUUUCUUUUUUUUGCUUAUUUGUGUAUCAGGCAAUGCACUCCCAGAUAUCAAUGUUUAUAUGUUUAAUCUCAAUUGCAUUAACUUUUUAACCAUGUGCCCCAUCUUAGCAUUUUAUUGUUAAAACUAUCCUCUAAAUACAAAAGAGACGAUGUAGUAUGUCUGGGUUUUCUUAGUAAAUACCUUAAUGUCUAUUCUCACCAAAAGUUAUGAGAAGAUGCCUAGCUUGAGUUAUAAAGGAAUUAAUUAAUAAAUUUAAGCUUCAGAUAUAGAUUAUUUGAAAUGGAACCAGUAUGCUAAUAUGCAAUUGAUUAAUAUCCUAAAAAGAAGACAAACCACUUCCACAAUGUGUUUCAACCUUAUAAUAUAAUCAUUUAUGUGAUUGAGUAAUACUUAACAUCAUUUAAAAUGAGCAGGAUUGUUUUUUCUUCUUUUUCAGGGUUCAUUCAUAAUUAUGUCUAGCUAGGCUUAGUCAGAUUUAGUGUAUUAUACAUUGUAUUUCAGUCAUAAAUUUGACAAUGUUUUAAGGUACUCCCUUCAUGUUGAAGUUAUCAUAACAAUAUUUAAGAUUUCUUAAUUGUAUUGUUAAAAUUUGAUGUAAUAUUUUAUUUGUUGUUGAGACGCUAUAUUGUAAAUUGUGUGUAAACAUUUCUUUACUAAGGUAAACAUGAUGUUAUUUUUGGAUUGUCUGUUUCUUCAAAGAAAAAAAGAGGUAUUGUGAAUACUUGGUCUGAUGUCGGAUUCAUUAGUUGAUUGUGCCAAACACAUUAAUCUUGGCUGUAACUGAAAAUGUUCAAGAUUUUGAAAAAAAAAACUGACCAGCAUUUAUUCUGAAGCUCUCUGUUUCUAAAUUGUCUGUACAAAUGGAUAUGAUAUGUUUAAAAACUAGUCUGGUGAAUAUUUAUAUCCUUGUCGAUGUUGUACAUCAUAAUUUUGUGUUCUUUGGAGGAAUGAUAGUUUUUGUAGAGAUAAUUUUUUGGGUGUAAUAACUUAAGACAUGUCCAGGAAUAAGAGGAAAGAAGCGUUCUGCAAGAUGCAAUGGGCAACACCUAAAUCAAUGACUGUGCUCUUAGUCUUAUAGACUCAUACACUCCAGUAUCAAGCAUAAUAAACAAAAUCAUAACAUCAAUAAUGUGGGCUUAGUACAAGACAAUUAUAACUUCAUAUAGUAAUAAAAGGUGUUACAGCAGUCUUGUGGUAAGUCGUCUGAUAGGCUUAUGAUUAGAGUUGAUACUACUAUUUACAAAUGAACUUAGCAGACCAUACCUGUUAUUCAGUUAAAAAGUGAUAAGUGAAAAUAACUAUUUGAACGUUCCCAAAGCUUUUAGAACUUGUUUAUUUGUUUAGAACGGUAAGGUUUUGGCUCUUCAAAGAUAUUUGUUAGUAACCAUGCCAUGCUUGUUAGUGUAAUUCAAAGCUUCCACUUCAUUGGUCAGUUGAUGUAAGAACAAUGCAAACUGUACAUGUAUGAGAGCUUUGCAGGGAUAUAAGCCCUGUUUCUUACUGAGUUUAUGGUGAUGUGUCAAAGUAUUCUCCAUAUCGCUUAUGGUCAAAGUAUUCUCCAUAUCGCUAAUGGUCAAAGUAUUCUCCAUAUUGGUGAUGGUCAAAGUAUUCUCCAUAUCCCUGAUGGUCAAAGUAUUCUCCAUAUAACUGAUGGUCAAAGUAUUCUCCAUAUCACUAUGGUCAAAGUAUUCUCUAUAACGCUGAUGGUCAAAGUAGUCUCUAUAUUGCUGAUGGUCAAAGUAUUCUCCAUAUCGCUGAUGGUCAAAGUAUUCUCCAUAUUGCUGAUGGUCAAAGUAUUCUCCAUAUCGCUGAUGGUCAAAGUAUUCUCCAUAUCCCUGAUGGUCAAAGUAUUCUCCAUAUCGCUGAUAGUCAAAGUAUUCUCCAUAUCGCUGAUGGUCAAAGUAUUCUCCAUAUCGCUGAUGGUCAAAGUAUUCUCCAUAUCGCUGAUGGUCAAAGUAUUCUCCAUAUCGCUGAUGGUCAAAGUAUUCUCCAUAUCGCUGAUGGUCAAAGUAGUCUCCAUAUCGCUGAUAGUCAAAGUAUUCUCACUAUUGCUGAUGGUAUUAUUCAUUUUCCUUUGAUGUGGGAUCGACAGGCUAUAGAUGUUUCACUUGAUUUGUUAUUCAUUUGUCAGAUUUUGUCAGAAUUAAAGCUAUUAUCAUUCAGUGCUGCAAAUACUUGAAAUGCUAAGUUCAUUUGUUUGCAAACAGUAGUACCUGUCAUGGAAUCUUCAAUGGGUUGGCUGCAAAAUUGUAUUUAAAUACAUACAGGUACUGCAAUGUUUAGAAUCUCACAUUUCAUUCAGCAGAUACACUAGUCUUUCCUUUGAAUGUAAUUAAUGUUUUAUAAACUAACAAAACUUGUGGAAAAGAAUAAAGGCAAUAUAUCUGGGGGUUUAUAUAGUAUUUUUAGAUAUAUUACCGUUAUUCUUUUCAUAAUGUUAGAUUGUCACCCCCUCGUUUAAGGAUCGAUAGCUCAUUAUUUCAUAUCCACAAUAGGGCUUGUAUUAUUUGUAAUACUUCAAAAACUAUUUCAAAUUGUCUUGUUUUGUAAUGCAUGUUUUAAAUUUUAAAUAGCAAAAAACAGCUUUAAUAUAAUGUAGUUAUGUUAUAAAAGUGGCUGUUUUGAGGUUUUGACUUAAUAUAUAAUGAGAAGUUUCUGUUCAGAAGUUCACUGUUACUCAUAAUUUAUUUUCAUAACAUGUAAGAUACACACUGCCAUACUUUUGAAUUGAACUGACCUGUUGUGUAAAGUGAACUGUCGUAUAUUUUGUUUAUGAUGUUAUUUGUAUGUUUGUUUAUUAAUGUGAGUUGAAAGGGCUUAUUGUGGUAAUAAAAUAUGGUCUGUUAGCUUUA